AUGGAAGAUGUGGUUGCUCCAAGCUCAGAUUUCUACAUGAAUUUGGACUAUCGUUCAUGAAACGGACCUAUCCAAUGUACAUUCUGAUAGUGUUUCCAGAGGUUUGAUCUUCAUAGAUCUUCAGCCUUCCUGCACUGGGCUGGAGGCAAAGCACUGCCACGUUUGCAACGCUUGACUUGUGGCUCAAGCCCGCCAUCGCAAAGCACCACUGUCGCUGUUGUCCUGACACCUUCUCGUUCGAGAUGCCUAAGUUGACGAUUGACGAUGUUGACGUGGCCGGAAAGCGAAUCUUCAUGCGCGUUGACUUCAAUGUGCCACAGGACAAGGCUGACCCCACGAAGAUCACCAACACUCAACGUAUUGAUGGUGCCUUGCCCACCAUCAAGAAGGUCUUGGAGAAGGGUGCCAAGGCAGUGGUCUUAGCCUCCCAUCUGGGACGUCCCGACGGUUCCGUGGUGCCCAAGUUCUCCAUGGCUCCGGUGGCGAAGAUCCUGGAGGAGAAGCUGGCGAAGCCCGUGACCUUCUGCCAGGACUGUGUGGGUCCCGAGGUGGAGGCCGCCUGCGCGGAUCCGGCGCCUGGCAGCGUGAUCUUGCUGGAGAACUUGCGUUUCCAUGUGGAAGAGGAGGGCAAAGGUGUUGAUGCGGAGGGCAACAAGAUCAAGGCCGACAAGGAGAAGGUUGCAGCUUUCCGUGCCUCCAUUCGAAAGCUGGCCGAUGUCUACUGCAACGAUGCCUUUGGCACCGCACACCGUGCCCACAGCUCCAUGGUGGGUGAGGGCUUUGAGGUGAAAUGCGCUGGGGAUUUGAUGGGCAAAGAGCUCAGUGCCUUUGCCAAGGUCUUAGAGUCACCCGCAAAGCCAGUCCUGGCGAUCCUAGGUGGUGCCAAGGUCAGCGACAAGAUUCAGCUGAUUAUGAAUAUGUUGGACAAGGUGAACAUGAUGAUCAUCGGUGGUGGUAUGGCGUACACUUUCUUGAAGAUCAAGGAUGGCAUGAGCAUUGGUAGCUCCCUCUAUGAUGAGGAAGGUGCCAAGAUCGUGCCAGAGAUCCUGGCCAAGGCUGAGAAGCUAGGUGUGAAGAUCAUCCUGCCGGUGGAUUUCACGUGCAGCUCCAAGUUUGGAGAGGAUGGGGAGAUCAAAGAAGGCGUGACCAAGGAGACCGGGAUCCCUGAGGGCUUCAUGGGAUUGGAUUGCGGGCCCAAGUCCAUCGAGGAGAAUGCCGCAGCCGUCAAAGAGAGCAAGACCAUCAUUUGGAACGGCCCCAUGGGCGUCUUCGAAAUGUCCAAGUUCGAGACGGGCACCAAGAAGCUCAUGGACGCCGUUGUCGAGGCCACGGGCGCGGGCACCGUCACGGUGAUCGGCGGCGGAGAUACCGCGACAGCCUGCAAGAAGUAUGGCACUGAAGACAAGGUCACCCACUGCAGUACGGGUGGCGGUGCGUCUUUGGAGCUGCUUGAGGGCAAGGAGCUCCCAGGAGUGGCAGCCCUCAACGACAAGUGACUGUCGUCGACACCAGUAACGUUCGUCGACGCCACACGGUCGAAAUCCCGAGAAUUUUCAGAAUCGAUCUCCUCAUGGGAUGGAUCGAGAAUUACUGGAAAAUUCGGACUCAUGCCAGGACAGCUUUUCCUCUUCUGUUCUGGUGAUUUGCAGAAUCUGGCGAAAUUGUGACCAGAAACUGCCAACAGACCCAGGCCGCAGCCCAGCGCUCUGAAA